UUUUGCUUUGGAGGGUGUAACAAUGGCGGGAAUAGCAAUAAUCCUAGAUCUGUUGCGGAAAAAACCAAGUCCCAGUACAGUCCAAGCAUUACACUCUGCUGGGUAUUUUUCGGCCAAAGCCGCCGCUUCUGCCGCUGCUGCGUCUGUCGCCGCCGGUGCUCCUUAUGCUUAUAAGGCAUUAUUCGGUAAUUUCAGGGUGCCGGUUGCCCAUUGUGAUGCUGGAACAGCAUGGUCUGAAGAUUAUGUUUCUAAUAUACGAAGUUCAUCUCAACGAAUCUUUCAGAGUGACUCUCAUAAUUACAGUACCAAGGAAUACAAAAUUGAGUUAAAGCCUCUAUUCUCGGCUUUUGAAUUGAGGACUCUAACUAUGACAACCUUGAGGUCAUUUUUAAUGUUCUUUUUACCUCUUUUGGAGCCUCGAACAAACUUGGAAGAGGAUGAUGAUAAAUUCCUGCCGGACACUGAAGAAAAGCAACCUAUAGAUUAUGUUGUUCCUCUAAAAAAAUCAGUAGUGCAGAUUAUUCGUGAGACUUCUGUUGUAACCACUAGACGGAUUCUGGAACGAAUUUGUGUCCAUUAUGUAUCGGAGAGAAUGGCAUGGAAACUUCUCAAAGAUGUUCCUAAGUCCGCCAUGCGGAAAGCUGGAAGAAGAUUGCCUACUUUACUUUUCUUCUGUAGUGUUAGCAAAACAACUUUCAGAGGGCACUUUCUAGGUGUGGCAGCGUCAUGGCUCAUCCAAGUUGGCAUUGAUGUCUACCGAUAUAUUUCUUAUACAAUAAAGUCUAGAGAAGAGGUUGAUGACAUCGAUACGGCAGAACAAGUUAAGAUUCUUGGGAAGAAGGUUACAGUUACUACUAUCAGGUGUGGUGCAUCACUAGUUUUUGCUUCCAUUGGGGCCGGUAUUGGUGCCUCCCUUAUCCGCCCUUCAUCUGGCCAGUGGAUUGGCUGUCUUUUGGGGGAUUUGGCAGGGCCUUUUAUUGUAACAGCUUGCCUUGGGAGAGUUUACCAUGGAGAACUUUGAGUCCUGGGGAUGACUUGUCUGACGUAUUGUUUGCACAUGGGCAAAUUUAAGUGGCUUAAACGAGACAAUUCUUAACUAUACGAUGAUGGGGUUCUUGACAGCAAUACCACCUGCAUGAAAUCAGUUAAAGCAGGUGUUGAAGGAGAAGUUUCACAACCGUAGGAGUUUCUCCUUUCUGAAAUUAUGCCUUUCCAUUCUGAAACUCUGCUUUUGUGGGAACCUUUUAAAGUACACAGUUUGGUCCCUGAAUUUAGUCAUGAAUCAAGGUGAACAAGAUUAUCAAUA